GGGGGCGACAUGGGGCCACACAGAGAGAACCGCCAUCAGAUUCAAACCAACGAAGAGGGUUUGAUAUUGUGGAGCGAAAACUACCGGUGGCUCCAGGACCAGCCGUCGCUGAAGGAAGCAGGUUUGUGGCGGUCAGCGGAAUGGAGGCCAAACCGUCCGACCUCCUGACCGCCGCUCCUCCGUACGGACACGUCCUUUGCAGCGGGAAAUGGAAGGACUCCGCUCUGGUUCGAGCCUUAAGAGGUGCAGGUCUGAAAAUUCUCUUUGAAAAUGAGCUCCAUGUGGCAGACUUCCUUCUCCCCAACAAGAGCAGCAUCCUUUAUGUUUCUGAGAGCGACAUCAUAGCAGGAAGCAGCUACAGGAGGAAGUUGGUUCGCUAUCGCAAUGCCAGUAACAGGUUCCAGGAGCUGGUUCUGGUGGAGCGGACUGGGCUCAGUGAGCAGUACUUCGGUUCUCUUCAGAGGUUUGUGGUGCUUGAACUGGGUCUGCCUCUGCUGCCCGUGGGAGGACAAACCGAAGCCUCGCAGCUCAUUGCUCAGAUGGUUCAGGCCGAUGGCCGGGAGAACAUCUUCAGGAGAAGUUCUUGUCGGCUGCUGGACCCCCUGGUUCUGGCUCUUGUUCAGCAGAUCCCUGGUGUGGGCCGGGUCAAAGCUCUGGCCUUGCUGCAGCAUUUCUCCAGCAUCCAGCAGCUCUGCAGUGCAGCGCCUGAACAGCUGGAGCCCGUAGUGGGCCAGGCGGUGGCUCAGCAGAUCCACAGCUUCUUCCACUGACGAGCUGCUGUUGGAGCCUGAACGCCCCAUGAAGGACGCUUACCGCCAUGUUUCAUAGGUGGAAAUCUCACUCUCCAUUCAGAUUUUAUUUAUUAAAAACACUUGUUUUUGUUGCUUUUACAUGAGGAUGACGGUGCCUUCAUGAACAUCUGCUAAUGUGAUUUUCUACAGGAAAUGGUUUCAAUCUGUUUGUAUUUAACAUCAAGGAGGAAAAUAAAAACUGGUUCACACAAAA